CAAACGCGCGCACACUUGGAGCAGCAAGGAGUGCAGACGGUGCGUACAGAUGUGGGAACACGUGGCCUCUCCUUGCAGCCCUGCGGGCGCACUACUUCCUCUCACGUUUGGAUUUCUUCACUCUUGGAGUUUCUCUGUUUGCGGCUGCGGGUACCACCGGAGUGCUGAGCUCGACUAGGAUAAACCCCCCACCUCUGCAUCUCUUCAGACUGCCAGAUAAAUAAGAAGAAAGUUUUCUCCUUUCGCUCUUUAAACUUUCGCUUGCACUCAACUGGUGCAGCAAACUUUAUUCCUGCAGCUGAGGUGUUUCACUGAAGUUACCUGCGCUAUACGAGUUUGUCCUCAGUGUGAAGAUUCAAGAAACACGGAUGAAGAUUUGAAUCAUCAUUUUUGCAACUCCAUCAAAGAAGACAUUGGGAGCUAUAAAGGGUACUGUUGGGCUGAUACCAAUGCGAUGCAGUGGAUGUGACUUCAAACAACAACGGUAGAGUCCUGCAGCCUGCACCACAAUGAAAGACGACUUUGCUGAUGAGGAGGAGGUGCAGUCCUUUGGCUAUAAGAGGUUUGGAAUUCAGGAGGGGACGGAGUGCACUAAGUGUAAAAAUGACUGGGCACUGAGGGCGGCUAUUGCACUGCUGUAUGUGCUCUGUGCCCUGCUCACCAUAGUCGUGGCUGUGCUCGGAUACAAAGUGGUCCAGAGAAUGGACAAUGUCUCAGAGGGCAUGCAGAAUUAUGGCGGCAAGAUCAGUGCUGUUGAGACGGACCUAAAGAACCUGGAUUAUCAGAACGGAGAGAAGUCAGUAAAUUCCACAAGUGCAAUAAAGACUUUCAAGUCAGAUCUGGAAGCUUUACAGCACCAGCUGAAUGAUGUUGCCGUGAGGGCGAGCAAAAACAGAGACAUACUCAACGAGCUGCAGAUCACAGGAGACGAUAUGCAAAAUGGCCAUGUCUCCCUGCAGAGUUUUCUACAAGGAAACGCUGCCUCACUGCGUGGGGUCAACCAGACACUUGCCACCUACGGGGGCAUGAUUGACAACCUCCAGACAAACACUGCAUGGCUCCAGUCUGAGAUACAGAACCAGGUCAAAGAGCAGAGUCAGACCCAGGUUACUGUCAGCGCGCUAAACAUCACCCAGGCCCAGCAGCGCAAUCUGCUCAGCACGCUGCAGAAGACAGUUGAGGACGCAGGCCAGGCAGUGCAGAAACUCAAGAAUGACUAUCAGAGUUUGCAGCAGACAGCUAGGCAGACCCGGGCUGACACAGAGUGGCUGAAGGAGAAAGUCCAGAACCUCCAGGUUUUGGCAGCCAAUAACUCAGCUCUGGCCCGGACCAAUGGUGAAGCUCUGGAUGACCUGGGGUCACAGCUCAGCACGCUAGCCAGCCAGAUCCAGAAUGCCUCAUCUCUUACUGAGGGGCACGACCAGAGCCUUCGGGAGAUCAUGGACCACCAAAGAGACCACGAUAAUACCACCUCAUCCAAGUUUGACGAAAUGGAGGCUCGAUUAGACAGACAGGAGAACGACAUGGACCGUGUAACAGGGAAUGUGAGCUUUGCUGCGCAGCUGCUAGGCUCCAUCAACUCGGACCUGAACGGUCUGAGGUCCUGCGCUGAGACUGUGCUGCAACAUUCAGACCUUUUACUGGGGCUGAACAGUAGUGUGACCGAGGCCAGGACAGAGAGCCAUGAGCUGAGAGCCCAGCAGGAUGAGUUGACAGCCAGGCUGGACAAAGAGGUCAACAACCUGUCCAUUGUGAUGGAGGAGAUGAAGCUGGUGGACAGCAAGCAUUCCCAGAUCAUCACCAACUUCACCAUCCUGCAGGGUCCACCAGGUCCAAGGGGGGCAAAAGGCGACAAGGGUCCCCAGGGGCCAGUGGGCCAGUCCGGACAGAAGGGCGAUAAAGGAGAUAAAGGAAUGCCCGGGUUGGCGGGAACUAAAGGAGACAAAGGUGCUGUUGGAAUUCCAGGUGCAACAGGUCCAAAAGGUGCAGCAGGAGCUCGGGGUCUUACAGGGGCUAAAGGAUCGAGAGGGUCUGGUGGUCGACCUGGAAGUCCUGGUGAAAAAGGUGACCCAGGGUCUACUGGGCUGCCUGGUCUUGAUGGACUUCCAGGGAUGACAGGUCCAGAAGGGCCACAGGGGCCCUCAGGAGCUCCAGGACCUGCAGGGUUGGAGGGGCCUCGUGGGCCCGUUGGACCCAUUGGCCCUGCCGGUCCUCCAGGGCUACCUGGGUUACCUGCACCUGUACCUCCACCACCUUCUAAGGCACCUCAGCGUCCUCAGCCCACCCAGCCUGCAAAAAUCCUUGUUUCCCCCAAACCACCUCAACCUCCCAAACCAGAAGAGAAUCAACAAGGGUCCACGUCACCGCAGGUCCAACCCCCUGUCGCCCCGACUCCAACACCUGGUUGCCCACCUGAGUUCAAAAAGUUUGGAGACAGCUGCUAUUACUUUUCUUCUGGACCUCAGAGACUCAAUUUUGAUGAGUCCUUUCAGUUUUGUUCCAACACGUCAUCUCAUAUGCUCAUUAUUAACGACAACGAGGAACAGACAUUUGUGAGAAAUGCUAUUGCAGGAAAAGGCUAUUUCUGGCUGGGUCUCACUGACAGGGAGGAGGAAAAUGUGUGGAAAUGGGUGGAUGGGACCCUACCUGUUUUUAAGAAAUGGAAGCCUGGCCAGCCUGAUAACUGGACUCAUGGCCAUGAAGACGGCGAGGACUGUGCUGGCCUGAUCCACAAUGCCAAUUGGAAUGAUUUCUACUGCACCGACCGCAUCGGUUUCGUCUGUGAACGUGCCUCUGACUUGAAAGUUCCAGUUUUAUAGCAUUCAUCUAAGGCAGUGUGGGCUGUCUCUGGGAAUGAAAUGAAAAAAGGCUAAAGCUGGGAUGGAAGAUGCUGAAGGAUAAUGAAGGACACAAAGAGCUCUAAAUGACUGGAGGACUCAGAAAAAGCUCGCUCUGUCAAGCAUCACUGAGCGUGGACUGAUCUUUGUCUUGAAGGCACUUCACAACACAGUGUGGUGCAAAAGACAGAGCAUGAAGGACGGACAUAGCCCUCCAUGUAUUGAUUUAGUACUGAAGGAAACAUAAGAAUGUCGGCAUUUAUUUAGGCUAUACUAAGUCAUUGCUUGGUGCAGCCAUUGUUGUACAGUUGUAUCUGUAAAUAACACUUCAUAAAAAAAAAACAUUGUUUUCAUAUUGAAUUCAAUAUAGUUGCAUUCCUUGGCUGCCGUCUCAACCCCAACAUUUACACAACAAAAUCUAUAUCAGAGAGUUAUGUUGUAAGUGAGGUGGAGCUUUUAUUUUUUUUAACUGUCAAACACACAAAACAUUCAAAACUGUGAUUACAAAUAAGCUCUUAAGAGAACAACGAGCAACCACUCUCCAUCACCAAAUGACUGAAAAUGAAUAAAUCAGAAGGGUAUUGUAAAUUUCACAAAAAUUGAAAUAUUAAUAGCAUUUUUUUAUUAUGUUGUUUGAGAAUAGGUGCUCUAUGUGAGCAGUGCUGCUGUUUAUGAAGGACAUUUUUUCUAGCUAUUAGACUGCCAGUAUGAGUUUUAUAUAGUAUGAAGCACAUAUAAACAAUAUUUACGUGUUUUUGUUUUGUAGCCUAUGAUGAUUUGUUCCAAAUGCCAAGUACAAUAUGUGAAAUUGAUGUUUAUGAUUUGAAUAAUCACUUCUUAUUGUUGUAUGAUUGUCCUUGAAUAAUUACUUCUAUGCUUAAGGACUGAAUAGCAGUCAGUAACCUUCUAAAGGCUCAUAUUACCUGAAUUAAACAUUACAGAGUUCCUAUGGAUCACAAUAAAAAAGGACCAAAACUG